AAAAUAGCCUCUCGUGUAGAGAGUCUCUCGUCCAUAAAUAUGGGCCUCCAACAAUGCAAUCCUUCCCUUUUCCCCUUCUAAUCUCUCUUUCUCUCUACAUUUUGAGAUCAUCAUUUUUAAAUUGUCCUCUCUUUUUUCCGGUUAAGCACCAUGAUGUCUACUAUUUCUCCGGUUUUCUCAACCGAAUUAACCUCUGUCCCAGCUUUCGAAACCGGUUUCACUCCAUGGGACAUUUCACACCUCUUCUCGGUCUUCGAUUCGUCAAUGGAUCAAAUACCGGUUUCGGCCCAUGACUAUGGUUCAGUAAACCAGAUCAGUACAGACGUUGCUCUAACCGAAAGUACCGAUGAGCGGAAAAAGAAACGGAAAUUAUCGAACCGGGAAUCGGCUAAGCGAUCAAGAGAGAAGAAACAAAAGCACUUGGAGGAGAUGAGUAUGCAGCUAAACCAGCUCAAGACUCAGAACCAAGAAUUGACAAACCAGCUCCGGUACGUUUUAUACCACUAUCAACAAACGAAGAUGGAAAAUGAUCGUCUACGUAUGGAGCAUCGUAGUCUCCAAGAUAAGUUGUUGAACAUUCGACAAGUUUUGAUGUUUCGUCAAAUCGAACGAAGCUCAUUAAACUGUUCCACUUGGCCUUGUAGUAACAGUACUGUUGUUACGGUCCAACAAGAUCCGUCGAUCAUGUUAUAAUACUUUGAUGUUUCUUGAAAUUGUUUCGACGACAAAAUGGGAAAAAAUUGUAAAAAGUUUAUUAAAAAUGCAUGGAUGUCGUUUGACGUACGUUAGCAAAUUA